UUUUUUGGUGAAUGCUGUUGCUGUGGUGAGCGUGUAACAGGAGCAGGAGCUGCUUGUCAAGCUAUGGGAAACCUUUACCACACAUCCUGCUUUGUCUGCUGUUCUUGUGGUAGAACACUUAGAGGGAAAGCGUUCUAUAAUGUCAAUGGAAAGGUGUACUGUGAGGAGGACUACCUGUAUUCUGGUUUCCAGCAAACAUCAGAGAUCUGCGAACAUUGUGGUCAUCUUAUUAUGGAGAUGAUUCUACAGGCUAUGGGAAAAACAUACCAUCCCGGCUGUUUCCGUUGCUGUGUAUGUAACGAGUGCUUAGACGGAAUUCCAUUCACGGUUGAUUUUGACAAUAAAAUUUACUGCGUCAACGACUUUCAUCGUAUUUUCGCGCCAAAAUGUGCUGCCUGCGGUGACGGCAUUACGCCGGUGGAGGGAACAGAGGAGACGGUCCGUGUUGUUGCUAUGGAGAAGGAUUUCCACGUGGAUUGCUACGUUUGUGAAAUGUGUGAUAUGCAGCUGACAGACGAACCAGACAAACGGUGCUAUCCGCUUCAGGACCAUUUGCUUUGUCGGACGUGCCAUAUGGAACGAUUGGUUGAGAUGGGUUGCAGAGUUCCAGUCAAUAUUCCUAGUGUCGGGGCCCAGUAUAAUAUUCUUAACUAAGACUAGUUUCGGGGCCCAGUACAAUACUGUGUGCUCCUUUUUAAGCAGAAUAUUAUUAAAAUCAAUCCUUUUUCUCAAACAAGAACCCCACCGAGUCUCAAAACAGAAACUUUGAAUAUUAAAGUAUUAUUUUCACUGUUGAAUAGUAUUGUUACCAUAACCUUAUGUGCCUUUGUAUUUUUGCUUCCAAACCGUAGUUUCGGAGGACGAAAUUUAACCAGCCUUAUAUGUUUAAACCAAGGACUGCCUACACAAAGUAAACGUGCUAUUUUUAACAUUGCUAAACCUUUAUUUAGCAAAAUAUUGUGUAUACUCUUGCACAGGGUGCUAAUGUGUAAUGUUUCCGAAAAGUACUUUAAACAAUCAAAAUAUCUUAUUUCUCAUGUGUAUUGUAUCUUGAACAAUAUCUGACUGCUGUAUUCAGUACUCAAACAGAUUUCACAUAUUUUUACCCCAUGCUAUAUUUUUUACCCACUCUGGUUUUUUAAAAUUAAUUUACAGGGUGUCCAAGUAAAAUAAUUAUUCGAAGACUUUGUAUAAAAGAAUCAAAUGUCAUAAAUCUGAUUCAGGUUGUCCCACGAAACUAGACAGUUGAGAGACGAUUGUGGUUUUUCUUUGAAUUAAUUUGCGGUAUGUAUUUGUCAACCUAAUUUUAGAAGUAAAAUUCUUGAAUUGAUAAUCACAAAAUUGGACUAGGUCUGGCAUUUCAAAAUUGUGGUGUGGUUUUUUUGUGACGAAUUUCGUUCAGACUAUUUUUGUUAAUUUUGAAUGAACGGGAUUUUUAAUAUCUCCGAUAAUAUUUAAAGCACAAGAAAGGCCGACCACAUUUCCUAAAUAAAUUAUCUCAAAGAUCAAAAAUGACCUUUAAGUCUUCUCUCAGCUGUAUAUUUAGGCUCGAAAAACACGUUUUUAUGUCUAACAUUUAUUGAAUAAUGUUUCAAUUGGACUCCCUGUCAUUCCCUUUAUGUCACAAACAUAAGUGCCAAAACGGUAACUGGUAUUAUUUGCAUUUGUACACUUAUUUUUCUUAUAUAUUUUCAUAUUAUUGUUCUAAUGGUUGGAAAUUUUAUUUUUAUCAUUUUAAUUAAAUUAAUUCCACUUGAAGUUCCCUAGAAUUAUAAUUUUUACCAAGCCUGAACAUUUUCGGAAAACACAUUUUUGAGGAUUUUUUCAAACAUUUCGUAGAUUUCUGAUGUUCACUGUUUACAAGUACAUUUUGAUAUUCAGGGAUACGUCUGGGGAAAAUAUAUUUUAACUGAAAGAGUGAGAUGGAAAAUUUUGCAAACUUAAUUUUUAUAG